AAAAAUAAGGCUCACAUAACCAGCCUGUCGUAGGCUCGUAGCAGUGGCCAGCCACUAGUACCGCUAGGAUCGGCUAGGUCGUCAGCGGGUGACAUGCGUUCCUCCCACUGCUACCUAGGGGCGAUUUAUUUCAUUUCACCGAUCAACUGUAUGAAUUACUGCUCACUGUAUGACUGUCCGAUGUUUUGCCAAACAAGAGCUCCACGAAACAUGUUUGGCGGGUGCAAUUCCCCGUGUGCAGAUGUGUCGCUGUACCUGUCGGGGUGACGAAUUUGCAGACGACGCCCGCAUGCUGUCAAACAGCCACCAAAAGCCGAAGUCAAACCCAAAACCCCGGUGGAGGCCUCUAGAUUCUGGUCGGUGUCAGGCACACUGGCUUCCUAUUCGGCCACCGCAUUCAGUUACAAUUCCGACUGUAAUCGGUGGGCCAAUGGAUGCAAUGGCGGGGUGGCUGCUAUGCCUUCCGGCCAGAACCCUGAGGCCGCCCCGUUUCACUGUUGUCGAUGGCAAUCCUUCAUCAGGCCCUCAGCACGCACCUCGUCGAGAAAAUCAAUGGAUGGCCGUGUCAUAUUUCCCAAAAGCUGACCAAUGGUCAGCUUACCCAGACGCUAGAAAUAGCAAAUCUGGAUCGAUUAAACUAUAUGUGGAAACCGACCACCCCAGAGCGAGGUCUGGGUGACCAUGCUGAUGCAGUCUAAUUGAUCCUUCUGGUGCUGACUUUUCUUUUUAAACCCGUUAUUCUCGUCCUUUGCAUGCAAACCUGCUUCUUCUUUCUCCUAUCUUUCCUGUUUGUCAGUCAUCGUGAAUUGUGCCGAGC